UGGAGUAUCUGCCCGUGCAAUACUGCUACCUUGCGGUAUAUUUUGGUACUGCAACGGACAAGCUGCUCCGAGAACCACAGAUCCAAGAUGGCGGCGCCCAUCUCUGCAGACGAUGUGAAAAAGUUGAUGGCCAGAAAAGAUGAAAUUGAGGAGGAAAUUAAGACUUGGCAGGACGUCUUGGAAUCGCAAAAGGGAGUAGGCAUGAGCGGCCCUCUGGUUGACACAGAAGACUUCCCCAGAUCAGACAUAGACGUGUAUCAAGUCAGGACGGCACGACACAACAUUAUCUGUUUACAGAAUGACCAUAAGGCCAUCAUGCGUGAGAUAGAGGAGGGACUGCACACCCUGCAUGCCCAGGCCAGAGAGAAGGGUCAGGGGGAGAAGAUAGACACCCGGCCAGAAACAACUGACCAGCUGCGACCGUUCGCUCGGGUGGACAGUGUGGCUCCUGGAGGACCUGCCAGUAUGGCUGGUCUUCAGGUAGGAGACCAGGUUCUACAGUUUGGGUCUGUUACUCCUGGGAACUUCACAGGCCUACAGAACAUAGCACAGGUGGUGCAGCACAGCGAGGGGAAAUCUGUUCCAGUCAGGGUCCUGAGAGGAGAGGAGACAAUGAACCUUGGUUUGAGACCACAGAGAUGGUCUGGCAGAGGCCUUCUUGGAUGCAACAUAGUUCCUGUGACUUGAUGGGACAAUGAGAGCAAGAUAUUCCAUUGCACAUCCCUUCCUAGUGCUGCAUACCAGUGCAGAGUACCAGAGUAUAGUACUGCAAAAAUCAUUUAGGUACAGGUCCAGAUUACCUGGUAUCAUCAACCUUGAGGUACAAUGUACCGGUAUUAUACCUGUGCAUGAAUAGACUGUCUUACACUUUUUGUUA